UCCAAAAAUCCCGAAUUUCUUGAAUUCCCGAUAAGCAAAAUUAGGGUUUCGGAGUAUCCGGAAGCCGGAUUGAGCUCAAAUUUCAUAUACGAGCUUCCUGCAGCGAGG